GUAAAUCAACUGGAAAUACCACCCCACAAUGUCAGACUACACCUCGAACCCGUCCAGACCAGGCAGCCCCAUCGCUCCCCUGCCAGAUAUCAUGACCGCCCGCCCAGCCGCAUACCGAUUCAACUGGGACCCCGCAUCGCGCAAACCUGGGCCGGGCAGCGUGUCGGAGACGACAGAGGGCAGGGCGGACUAUUUCAGUGCGACGCCGAAGGUGGAGAUUUAUGGGGCGUCGACGACGAAUCUGUUGCAGGACGUGCCGAACGAGUGGAGCAGUUCGCGGCAUGGCUUUCAUGCAAUAUCGACCGUGGUGAACAACCCGCACAAACGGUCCGCGCCUCCCAAAGCGCACGCCGCCGUGCCCUCCGUCCCGCUCGCUGACCUCCCCCGCGUCAAACGCAAAGACUUCGACGCCUACCUCCGCGCCGUCGCCCCAGAAUGGGACCGUUUCCAGAAGAAUGCCGCAUCGGGCUCCUCCUCCUCCUCACAACAAACGCAAGGGCAAUUCCAAGCGUCCUCCUCCGCCACGACACUCGACUUUGACGAGCUCGUUUCUCCUGACCUCGACUCUCCAUCCUCCAUCUCCCAAUCCCACGAACGAUCCCAGUCCGGAUCGCCGAGAACACCACGGCCUGCAGCGAGAUCAUUACCGCCUCUGUCAUCCAUCCCCCAAGUCUUCUUCGACCCGAACUUCAAUCUCGGAGACUCGAGGACCUUCAGCCUCGUCACCGAAACGCACUCUUCCCUCCCCCUCUCCUCCCGCAGUUCAAUCUCUCCAACAACCCCAACCCCAACACCCCCCACAGACCCCUCCAGCCUCUCACACUCCCUCCCCCUCCUCGAAAAACUCUCCCACCACGCCGACACCCUCGAACAACACCUAAUCCACGAAAUCUCCCUCCGCGCCACACCCUUCUUCGCCGCUCUCACGAACCUCCAAGACCUCCAAGCCGAAUCCUCACGAUGUCUUUCCCGCAUCCAAUCUUUACGCGCGCAACUCCUCGACGUCGACACGCAUAAUGCGAAGAAAGGAUUAGAGGCGGUUAGGAGGGAAGCGAGGUUGGAGGGGGUGAGGAAGGUUAGGGAGGGGGUUAGGGUCGUUCAGGGGGUGUGUGAGAUGGUGGGGAUUGCGAGGAGUUUGGUGGGGGCGGGACAGUGGGGGGAGGCGUUGACUUGUGUGGAGGAGUUGAAGGCGAUGUGGGACGCUCCUUCGUACGGACAGCAUGGGCAUCAACUUCACGGACAGGGCAAUGGAAAUGCGACGUCGGUAAGACGGUCGAGCGACGGAAGGACCUUCACCCUCCUCGCGCCCAUAGGAGAAGACGAGCACCGAAUCCCGUUCACGCCCCUUCCCGGUCCAACGCCCGGCUCGAAACGAAUGGCAGACGUGCCAUUAGCAGAAUUAGUCGCGUUCGGGUCAUUACCUGCACAAUUGGAGGAAUUGACGAUGGAGAUCGCGGGCUCGUUGAUGGGCGAGGUCGUUGCCGUUCUCAAGGUCGAUCUCGUAGAGCGGGUGUAUGGUGGUUCAGGUGCUGGUGACGGAAUGGAGGGUACGGAGGGAGAGGGCAGGGGAAAGCUGAAGCUGAAGGUGCAGGAUCAGGAUGGGGAGCAGAGGGAUCGGUUGAGGCCGUUGGUGCAUGGGUUGAUUAGGACGAGGAGCGUGAGGGAGACGAUGGGGGAGUGGAGAGGGGUCGUGUUGGGCGAGGUGAAGGGGGUUGUUAGAAGGCAUCUAGCGACGUUCGAUCCGGAGGACGAGGAUCCAAAGGCGACGUUGAAGGCGUCUUCGGAACGACCAUGGGUAGAGGAAGUGAGGAAGAUGUCGCAUGUGCAGUUCCUGGACUUGCUUCGCUCGAUAUACAAGAGCUUUCUCCGAUGCAUCGAAGGUCUCCAAGCCUCGAGCAGCGUCCUCAUCGAACUCCUCGACAGUCGCCUACCAUCAGACUACCCAGCAGACAUCUCAGUCCUGCAAGACAACUUGUUCGAUAUUCUUUCUUCGUCGGCUGAACUCGCUAAUAUAUUGUCUUCGAAGUUACUUUCGGCGAGAGCGGAACAGCAUACGAAGUUGGAGUUGCAGGAGUUCGUGGAGCUGUUUAAUGAGAGCUGGAGUUUCGUGGUUAGGUGCGAGGUCAUCUGCAGAAGGAUGAUCGUCGGCUUGCGAGGUGUCGUCGUUGGACAGGCCAAAUCCUUCCUCCAAUCAUUCCACCAAUCCCGAAUAUCCCAAUCCGCCAAACUAGUCGAAGACGAACAAUGGGCCCCGGCGGACGUGACCUCGCCCAUCCAACGAAUAGCGGACCUUCUCGUCGAUGCUGCCGUGCACGACCCGCGCGAUCUCGUGCUCAGACUCACGCCGCCUGUUUCUUCCGCGUCCUCUUCCUCCUCCUCCUCUGCCAAUUCCAACCAUCUACCGAGUUCGCCCUCUAAUCAUCUACCGAGUUCGCCUGGUUCCUCCCUUGCCCCAGGAACCCACACAGACGGCUUCGGCUCCCGUCCUUCCUCCCCCCGCUCCACCUCCCCCCGUCCCCCCUCUCCCCUCCCACCCCCCACCUCCUCCUCACCUCCCUCUAAACACCUCAAAAUCGAAGACCGCCCCUACUUCGCCGUCUCGGCAACACAGGAGACCCUGAAGCUAGUCACAGACUACCUGAAAGUGAUAGUCAAUCUGAGUCUAUUGACGACGGACGCGAUGGGGAGGAUUAUUGAGUUUUUGAAGGCGUUUAAUUCGAGGACUUGUCAGGUGGUGCUGGGCGCGGGGGCGAUGAGGAGUGCGGGGUUGAAGAAUAUUACGGCGAAGCAUUUGGCCCUCGCCUCUCAAUCGCUCUCCAUCAUGAUCGCCCUCAUCCCCUACAUCCGCGAAACCUUCCGCCGACAUCUAAACCCUAAACAAGCCGUCAUGCUCGUCGAGUUCGAUAAACUGAAGCGGGACUACCAAGAGCACCAGAACGAGAUCCACGCGAAGCUGAUCGCGAUCAUGGGCGAUCGGCUCGCGGCGCACAUCAAGACGCUGCGUGCCGUGCAGUGGGACAGACCGGGCCCAGCGGGGAAACAGGUUAAUGAUUAUAUGGAGCUGUUGGUGAAGGAGACGGUCACGCUGCAUAAGGUGCUUUCGAGGUAUUUGGCGAGUGCGGUGGUGGAGUACGUGAUGUCGCAAGUGUUCGCUGCUAUCAACCAUCGACUGUCGGAGGAAUACUCGGAGAUUGAGCUUCCGACGCCAGAAUCCAAGCAACGCCUGCUUGCAGACGCCCACUACCUCAACGUCAAAUUCUCGGCCCUCAAGAACGUAGGCGCACCUACCGGAAUGCUCGAAACCGUCGUGUCCGAAAAACCACUCAUCGGCGCCGCGGUCCCGCUCUCGCCUCUCCCCACAAGCGCCAACCAUUCCUUGUCCAAUAACAACGGCACCAACAACGGCAACGGCAACGCCAUCUACUCCCACCCCCACCCCUCGAACAUCUCCCUCAACGAACCCUCGACACCGCGAGUGGCCCCAGCCAAACGAACGUCGAUAUUCAAUAACGACAGGAUCAAGGGGAUGCUGUCGAGGGCUACGUCGCACACAGCGACGCACAAUAACGUGCCUACGGUGACGGAGAAGGCAUUACCGAUCCCUGUGCCGAGCAGUCCGAUGUUCAGCCCGCCUACGAUGGAUAAUAUCGAACCGACGCCGCUGCCGCCACCGAAACCUGCGAGUCCGGCCUCGAGUCGUCCGAAUUCGAGAUCGAGCUCUCCGAGACCUAAUUCACCGCGUCCUUCGUCGCCGAGGCCUAAUUCACCUAGUCCCCUGGGCGGUCCGUACGUGAAUGGGAACGGGAACGGUGUUGGAGUUGAGACAGGGUACGCGAAUGGGUUGAGGCCGGAGGAUGCGCAUGCGACGAUUACGAAUGGGAGUGCGGCGAGUUUGUUCGCACCUUCGCCUGUUCCUGGUGGGAGUUCGGGAACGCUCACGCCUUCGAAUGCUAUGGAGGACUUGACGGCUGCAGCACCGUCGACGGGCGAAGCAGGCGAAGGGCAAGAGGCGCCACCACCGAUCCCGGAGAAGGAUGGAGAAGGGACUAGGCCGAGUACACCUCUUCCGGAGACCGACACUGGAAUUGUCGAGGAACCGGAGGAGAUGGAGGAUGUGAGAGAUGAAAUGGACGAUGAGGCCGGUCCAGGGGCGGGAAUGAAUGGUGUGGCGGACGGGGAGCCUGAGACAGGAACGAGGACAAGUGGGGAAGAGGGCGGCUCUGGUGAUGUCAGGGGUAUUGGUGAUGGUGUGGGUAAGGCCCAAGAUGAAGAGGUGGAGGUGAAGGAAGAGGGUGAUGGGGUCGUUGCCGUCGCUGCUGCGAGUAGUGGAGACGCUCGUGAGAUGGUUGCAUAGCGUUUCUUGGGAUGUGACGUUGGACAUUGUCCCUUGGUCGUUGGUUAAAGAAGGUGGAGAGUGUGCGGAGGUGGCCCAGGAGAGUAUCUAUACAUACAGUUUUUCCCUUUAUUUCAUUUGUUUCGGUCGGAUUUUCUGCACUUUUUCUCGUCGUUUGCCUUCUGCCUUUUUCUGUCCACUAAUCCAGUUUUUCGUCUUCGCUUUCUACUUUGUAAUUGAGAUUAGGGCGUGUCUGCUUUUCCUGCCUUGUCUUCGGCGCUUGAAUCUCUCUACCAGACCCGCACGAGCCACUGGUGAAUUUUUCAAGCGGUAACGAG